AUCUGCAGUGACUGUGGCAAGAGCUUUCUCUACAGGCACGCUCUCACUCGUCACCGCUUCAUCCACACCAGGCUGGACCCAUUCAGCUGCACUGAGUGUGGCAAGACCUUCGGCAGCAUCACCAAUCUCAAAGGUCAGCACCGCAUUCACACCGGGGAGAAGCCAUUCCACUGCGGUGACUGCGGGAAGAACUUCACCACCAAAGCCCAGCUGAACAGUCACCACCGCAUCCACACCGGGGAGAAGCCGUACAGCUGUGCCGACUGCGGCAAGAGCUUCCGGCAUCAGUCUGCCCUGACCAUGCACUUGCGCAGCCGCAUCCAAAAGAUGAGCGGCAACCAAGCGUCCAAGAGUUCCCAAUCCCAGUGACACCAGGAGAUGCCCGGCAGUCGUGUGCCACUCCUGCCAACCAACACUGGUGCCAGGAUGCCCUGCUGAUAGAGCUGUCCCAACCGGGAUCGUUUUGCUGGGAUUUGCUGUCCUGGGAUGCGGGCGGCUGCGCCAGUAGCAGCGGUAACACCAGUUGCUGCUGUGCCAUCCCCAGGCAGAGCCCUGAAACGUGCCUUGUUUGGGGGAGGGGAAUCAGAGGGCUGGGGCCCAAGGCGGUCUCCAUAGGCCCUGCUAGGUGAUGUCACCAUCAUCACCGUCACCAAUCCUCACCAAGACCAGCACUGGCUUGGUACACACUCAGGGAUGAAGCAACUGUUGCAUGUGGCUGCAAGUCAGGGACUCCAUGGAAAAUGUGCCUGGAGCAGGGAACAGUCCCAAUAAAAGACUUCCCAAGGC